UGAAUCUCUACGCUUCUCUCUCUGCAAUCACUCCUUGAGAGCAUCUAUCACUCCUUGAGAGCAUCUCUCUCUAGAAUACUGAGUAUUGCUGACUUGAGCGUCGGAGUGUUUUCCCCGAGGAAACAACCUCGGGAUUUUCAGGUGUAGAAGCAGCUGAGGGCUUCAACAGUGUUGGAUCGCGAAGCUGCCGAAACAUUGGCGCCGUCUGUGGGAACUCGAACAAAAAGCUGUGUGACUUAACCUGCUGAAAGACAAAAUGGUCCGUACCUUUACAGGAGAACGCCCCCCAAGAAAUGAAAUAGACGAACAGGAGGACGAUCACGUAUCUGAGGCCGGAUUGAAUGACUUUAGGCCGAUGCCAAGAAAUCUUUUUGUAGGAGGAGUCGAACAGGAUCACCUAAGUGAGACGGAUGAUGAAAGAACACCAACUGGGUCAACAGAACCUGCUCGGACAACCGAGCUCGAAGAGAGAACCAGAGUUCUCAAAAUGGCAAUGGGAAGAAUCCUUGCCCGCUUAGUCCCUGAUGACCCCCUGAUUCCUUUGCUGAAUAGGGAUGCGCAACCAGCUGUGGUUGUGGCGACUAGAAACUCACCCGCUCUAAGCAAUAUAGUAGUGCCGACCAGGCCGAGGGGAAGUGGGAAGUUGAAUAUCGAGCCCAGCUCGUCCAAAUACAGUGAAGAAUUGAUGAGAAAGAACGCAGACCUUGAAAGGCAACUGCAGGAUGUACAGAAAUCCAUUGACGAGCUGAAAAGCCCCCGGUCGCAUCAGCAAACUUUGGAUUUGGAUAGUGCUCCGUUGAACCUAUCCAUCACGGCAGAACCAUAUCAAGAGGGAUUCAAAAUUCCCCACCUAGAGACAUAUGAUGGCACGAAAGACCCGGAUGAACAUCUACACACCUAUCAAGCCAUCAUGAGGAUUCAAAACGCCAACGAUGCUAUGAUGUGCAAAGUAUUCCCGGCGACACUGAAAUCAACAGCCCGAAGAUGGUAUCACAAACUCCCUAGGCAUUCAAUAGAUUCGUUUUCCCAGCUCGCCAAGUUGUUCUCUAACAAAUUCGCAAGCCAAAGGGAGAUCAAACCCACAGCAACUGAGCUGAUGCAGGUUAACCAGAAGGAAGGGGAGUCUUUGAGAGAUUACAUGCAACGGUUCAACAAAGCCACAUUGGACAUUGAUAAUGUCCCGGACACAAUCUGCCUGUCCGCCCUGUUGCAUGGGUUGAAGCGUGGCCGGUUCCUAGACGACCUGCUUGAAAACCCACCGAAAACGUGGAAUGAGGUGAAUGACAGAGGCCAAGAACAACAACCGAGAAGAGAAGAAAAGAAGAAACAGAAGGUCGGUGAGCAAUGGGGGAAACCAGCUGAGUUCCCGAAAUAUGCCAGUUACAUUCCUUUGACCUUGCCCAGGUCUCAAAUCCUGGCACAAAUUCAGCACUGGGUUCGGAGACCUCCACCCCCACUACAUGAUUCCCCGAGGGCAGAUAAAAGCAAGCAUUGUGACUACCACCGUGUAUAUGGUCACAAUACCGAGGACUGCCAACACUUGAAGGACGAGUUAGAGUUUUUGGCUCGUAACAAGAAGCUAGAAGGGUAUGUCCAGAAGCCUCACACCCAGCAACCCACUCAAACCCAUUUUGUACAGGCAGCGUACCGAGGACGUCCUUUCAACAGGAGAGGGCAGGGACCGAGAACUACUGCCCCGAAUCAAAAAGACAGAAAAGGGGUAGGUUAUGCUGGGAUACCCCCACCUUCUAGUACAAUAAACAUGAUAUCGGGUGGUGUUCACUCAGGGGGCCAAAGCGCCCGAGCUCGCAAGGCAUAUGCUCAACAGGUGAUGACCGUCAACAAAAACAGACCAUUUAAACGGCCGUUUGAGGAAGCAGAAUGGGAAAAUACGCCCAUUACAUUCAGCCCGGCAGAUUACAAGCGCACAGAAGGAGAGCCCGAAAUUAUGAUGCCCCAUGCAGAUCCCUUUGUGGCAACAGUUCAUAUAGGCAAUCAUAAUGUCAAUAAGGUGUUUAUUGACACGGGCAGUUCACCAGAUAUCCUAUACUGGGGUUGCUUUCAGAAGAUGCAGCUAAAUCCGAGCUCGCUUUAGAAGCAUGAAGGGCCAAUAUACGGGUUUGAUAACC